UCGGCCUGGUUUAGGACACGCCCACCUGUUUGUGUGAGCAGGAAGUCAAAUUGACCGAAACCCGUGAGACGAUCAUGAAAACGCGACGCAGCGGAGAGAAGCGGAGUUAGUUCACUCAGCGGCCGCGGAGAGAAGCUCCAGGAGGAGAGAAGCUUCAGGAGGAGAAGACACAGCCCCGGGCUUCAGCCUCCGCCGCGUUUUUCUCCCCGCGUCGACCUCCGACACCAGCGGGCUGUUAGCUCCUCAAGUUAGCCCGUGUGCUAACUGUCCGGUCUCGCGCAGCCAUGGGCUCCAGAGCGUCCACGUUACUCAGGGAGGAGGAGAUCGAGGAGAUAAAGAAGGAGACCGGCUUCUCCCACAGUCAGAUAACUCGCCUGUACAGCCGCUUCACCAGCCUGGAUAAAGGUGAAAACGGAACCCUCAGUCGAGAAGAUUUCCAGAGGAUCCCGGAGUUGGCCAUUAACCCUCUGGGAGACAGAAUCAUCAAUGCAUUCUUUCCUGAGGGAGAGGACCAGGUAAACUUCAGGGGCUUCAUGCGAACUUUAGCUCACUUCAGACCCAUAGAGGACAACGAGAAGAACAAGAACGCCGCAGUCAGCGAGCCACUCAACAGCAGGACAAACAAGCUGCUCUUUGCUUUCCGUCUGUAUGACCUGGACAGAGACGACAAAAUCUCCCGGGAUGAGCUGCUGCAGGUCUUAAGGAUGAUGGUUGGUGUAAACAUUUCAGAUGAACAGCUCGGCAGCAUCGCUGAUAGGACCAUACAGGAGGCCGACACCAACGGAGAUAACUCCAUCUCCUUCAAUGAAUUCAUCAAGGUGUUGGAGAAGGUAGAUGUGGAACAGAAAAUGAGCAUCCGCUUCCUGCACUAAGUUUCAUUUUUUUCGUGGAGCUUCAACAGGCCAGUUGAUGUCAGGACACAAGCUCCUCCAGCGUGUCAGCAGGCUGCUGCAGCAUAUACACUAAGUACUCACCGUCAGACCAAGCGUUAGGUCAAGCUUGUCAUAGAUGUUGAGUUUCUGCCUCUGCACUGCUCUGUCAACAAAGGGAAACGUGCCUUGGGUUGUUUUAUACGAUGUCACUUAGGGGUUGACACGUUAUUAAAAGAGGAAAUAAUGAUAACAUAGUAAUAAUAACUACUUAUAUGAUAAUACUAAUACUGUGUAAAUGAACAAAUCAAAUUAUUUCUGUUUAUUUUCGCAGUGACUAUCUGGUUCACACUCCAACUAAGUAUGUAUUAAUAUUUUGUAUUUUGAGUUAAAUUUAUUUGCCAAGAAAUAAAAUUCUAAAAAUCUAUUUUCUAUAGAUAUUGUCAUCUUAGAAUCAUGAAUUAUUUGGUCACAAUUCCUCACAGUAAGAAUCUGAUUUUGURACAGCCCUAAAGUCAGUCUUCUUCUUUUUUUCUUUUUUCAAAUAAUGGAUUAUUUAUUAGAG